GAUUUAUCAAUACUUAAGACAAAAAAAUGAUACUUUUACUUCUAUGUAACAUAAAUAUCAAUAAUUUAGUUAAUAUUUUAUUAAUUUUGGCUAUUUCAGGCCCUCAAAUAUUGAUAUAUUUAGGCCUUGGAUGUUUAAUUGUAAUUUUACAUGCAUCAUUAUGGAAAAGUCCUUCAACACUUCCAGGAUAAGAAAUUUAGUAAGAGUUCGAUAAAGUUUUAAUGCAAAAUGAUGUUGAAUUAAUUAUUCAUUGA